GCGCUGUGAGAGCCGUCGGUGGCUGAGCUCGCCAAGCAGCCUUGGUCUCUGUCUACGAAGAGCCCGUGGGGCAGCCUCGAGGGCCGCAGCCAUGAACGGCACAGAAGGCCCCAAUUUUUAUGUGCCCUUCUCCAACGUCACAGGCGUGGUGCGGAGCCCUUUCGAGCAGCCGCAGUACUACCUGGCGGAACCAUGGCAGUUCUCCAUGCUGGCAGCGUACAUGUUUCUGCUCAUCGUGCUGGGUUUCCCCAUCAACUUCCUCACGCUCUACGUCACCGUACAGCACAAGAAGCUGCGCACACCCCUCAACUACAUCCUACUCAACUUGGCCGUGGCUGACCUCUUCAUGGUCUUCGGAGGAUUCACCACCACCCUCUACACAUCACUCCAUGGCUACUUCGUCUUUGGGCCCACAGGCUGCAAUCUCGAGGGCUUCUUUGCCACACUUGGAGGUGAAAUCGCCCUGUGGUCCCUGGUGGUCCUGGCCAUUGAGCGCUACGUGGUGGUCUGCAAGCCGAUGAGCAACUUCCGCUUUGGGGAGAAUCACGCUAUCAUGGGUGUGGUCUUCACCUGGAUCAUGGCAUUGGCCUGUGCUGCUCCCCCACUCGUUGGCUGGUCCAGGUACAUCCCCGAGGGCAUGCAAUGUUCAUGCGGGAUCGACUACUACACACUCAAGCCUGAGGUCAACAACGAAUCCUUCGUCAUCUACAUGUUCGUGGUCCACUUCACCAUUCCUAUGAUCGUCAUCUUCUUCUGCUAUGGGCAGCUGGUCUUCACAGUCAAGGAGGCGGCCGCCCAGCAGCAGGAGUCGGCCACCACUCAGAAGGCAGAGAAGGAAGUCACUCGCAUGGUUAUCAUCAUGGUCAUCUUCUUUCUGAUCUGCUGGCUUCCCUACGCCAGUGUAGCCUUCUACAUCUUCACCCACCAGGGCUCCAACUUCGGCCCCAUCUUCAUGACCCUGCCAGCUUUCUUUGCUAAGAGCUCUUCCAUCUAUAACCCGGUCAUCUACAUCAUGUUGAACAAGCAGUUCCGGAACUGUAUGCUCACCACACUGUGCUGCGGCAAGAAUCCACUGGGAGAUGACGACGCCUCUGCCACCGCUUCCAAGACGGAGACUAGCCAGGUGGCUCCAGCCUAAGCCUGGCCAGAGACUGUGGCUGACAGUAGGAGUCUCCUGUCCCCACACACCCCAGCCACAGCCCCCACCAGGAGCAGCACCCGUUGGGAUGAGGUCAUGCAGGCUCCCUCAGUGUUCUUUUCUUUGUUUUUAAUGAAUUCAUGAAAGCAAAAUGAGGCUCCCCACUCAAUGGGGACAGCUUGACAAAGGACAUCCAUCCACCAAGACCACCUCCAACCUGGAGUCCCCAAUUCCCGGGGGGCCAGCAGGAUCUGUACUCCUCCCUCAGCUUGUCUAUCAGGAACAUAACAAGUGUCCUGGCUUAGGGCUAAAUGUCUAGGACAGAAUGGAACACAUAGUAGCUGAUUAAUAAAUGCUAGCUGGAUGAAGGGAGGAAUGAGUGACUGACUGAGUGGAUAUAUGAAUGAACGGAUUAAUGGAAGGGAACAUGGAUGUCCUCAGGUGCCCAACCUGGCAGAUCCAGUCAUGUCUGGCUGGAAUCUAUAAGAAGUUUUACAUACCUGCCCUGGUUUUCUCUGCCCCCACCCCCACCCCAGAUGGAUCUCCCAAAUCUGGGGCCCUGAUAGAAUAUGGCUGCUUCAAAGACAGAGAGAUGAGGGGAGGGAGGGGGAGGGAGAGAGGGAGGGAGGGAGGGAGACACAGAGAGAGAAUGUGUGUGGUGUGUGUGUGUGUGUGUGUAAACACUUUGUAUAUAAAGAGUACAGCUGGUAGUUAUGUUACAAGUAACACCGACUAAUAUAAUUAAUUAACCAUCCUAAUGGUCUCUGCUUGUUAGUGACUGCUUGGGAAUUGGGCAGGGCCCAAGCAUUCAGAUAAGGUAUUUCCCUCAGCCUCAGUAGGCUUUUGCAAAUGACCCAGGCCUUCAGGCCUGUACAGGGCUAGAGCUGGAUUACCGAGAUAAAUGACAGAGACAGCAAUGUGAGUUGCAGCCCUUAGGACUGAGGAAAGCAUUGAGACCAGGGGUCUCCGGCAAAGCCUAGGUCCUCCCUUCAGUAUGGAAACCUUGCCUCAUGUCUCUCAGCCUCCUUGGCCUGUGGAGAUCCAGCCCUUCCUCUUGGCUUCUGGAUACAUUUGCUCUUCUACACCAGCAACCAAGUGGCAACAGUUCCAGGCCAGUAUGGAGUUUUAGAAGCCAUGCCAAUAUGCCCACCUUCAGGGAGCAGCUGAGUCCUUGAUGCCACCCUUGUUCUGAAGAGCUCAGAAACACAGUGCAAGACCUGACCAGGCCUCAUCCUUAGGAUGCUUAUGGAUCCAGUUCUUAGCUCCCUUGUUGGAUAUGCUGUUUUCCUUGGCCUUUGGUCUUUUCUUUAUCCCAGAGAGUUUUGGCUUUAAGGCCAACAGGAACUAUGGGGUGCCAGAAUUGAGCAGCCUCAGUCUGCAUCCCUCCUCUAUAGAACCACAGCUGGGCCCUCAGCAGGCCCAACUCUGCAGAGGGACAGAGGCAUUAAAAGCUCAGCUCCUACACUUGGUGGCAGUGGUGGUCUGUUGCUCUCAAGCUCUUUCAAAAUGGAUGGAAACUGGGAUGCUUCCCUGACCCCUGGUUAUGGAAGACUAGACUGUGUGGGGACAAACAGUCCAGAGUCCCUGGAGAAUGUGAUAGAGCAGCUCCAUCAUUUUUAGAAACCCAAUUUGAGGCAGUAUAGAGAGAUGGUGACCUCUAUAAGCCUCUGUAUCUGCAAAGAGGAGCUUAGACCUGCCCUUGAGGGGAUUAUAUGAGAUUUAAGGGACUUAUAUAGCCAGCCUACUUCCUGGCAUGCUGAAGACAUUGGCACACUCUGGUAUUCUAGACCUUGGCUCAGAGCUGCCCUUACUAGGAUACUGUCACUUAGCAAAAGAAUGGGAUGGAGCCUCAGAUGUGGAGUGACACCAUCUUCCAAGAAGGAAAGGGUGCCAGGGUCUGGGAUGAAAGCCCUCUGGUGCUAUGUUGAGCAAGGGCGAGUGCCAGCAAGGGGUUAUUUGCUUGCUCUCUCCAUCAGUGAUGAGGUUCCAUUUGGUCACAAGAAAUUCACCCCAAUUGCUGAAACAGAGGCUGACUAUUGGCUUAUAGGCAUGAAACCCCACUCCCCUCCACUUCAGGCUGGCUAGAUUAGAAGCUCAGACCUGUGA